AUUGUCUAAUUGAAAGUAUUAAUCAAUUUAAGUUAACUAAUUAUGUACCAUAAUUUAUGAUAUUUGUUAUUCUGAUGUUCAGUUUAAAGUUAACUAAUUACGUACGAGAAUUUAAGAACAUCUUUUAUGAUUGUCUAAAAGUGUUGUUUAUCAGAGAAAUAGGCUAGUUGUGAACAUAUAUUUAUGUGAACUGGGAGUUGUUUUGGUGAAUAAUAACAAUCAAUUAAUAAUGUAACACCUCUCAAAACGAAACUGCCCUUUGGAUUUCAACUUUCAAAUGUUGUUGUUUAUCAUGUUUUCAACUUUUAUUAUUGUAAAGCGUUAGAUUUCAGUUUUUUUUUUUAAAUGUAAAUUAUAUAAUUGCUUACAAAAGAAACAAAAAUUAGCAAAAUAAAUAAAUAAAAAAAGGAAAAGAAAGUAGAAAAGGAGAAAGAGAAGAUGGCGUGGCGAUGACUCAGUGGCUUGCAUCUACGCCUCAUCCUCUCUCCUUCUUCUCCGGCACAUCGAGCCUCUCCGAUCAGGUUCCAGAGCUUCCCAUAAGAUUAAGAGAUCUAGCAGCUAAUUGAGUAGAGGAGAGAGAAUGUGUAGGCAUAAUUGUUGCGCGAAAUCGUCACAAGAGGAGGAGGUGGUUUCACCACCUGAUGAGAAUCUCUUGAUCUACUGUAAACCUGUUCGUCUCUACAACAUUCUUCGCAUUCGCUCCCUUUUCAACCCAUCGUUUCUUCCUAGAUGCUUGAGUUACAAUAUUCGUGCAAAGGGCAAAACAAAGUCCGGAUCUGCUGGGAUUGUAGUUUUUAAUUAUAAGGAUUGUAAUAACACAUUGCAGAAAACUGAAGUGACGGAGAAUUGUUCUUGUCCAUUUUGCUAUAUGACAUGUGUUAGCUUCAAGGGGCUGCAACUUCAUUUGAAUUCGUUCCAUGACUUGUUUGAAUUUGAGUUCAUGCUUUCAGAAGAUGAUUACCAGACAGUUAAUGUCUCUGUAAGACUUGAUGCAUUCGAAUCAGAGGAAGAAGUCAACCAUCAAGAGAAAUAUGAGCUUAUCUCUUUUUGCUCGAAACCUCGUAAGCGUAGACAAAGAGGUGGUAAAAAUAACGCCAGGCGACUAAACGUAACCUUUUUACCCAUGGAUUCACCUAGUUUAGCCAAUGGCACUGAUAAUGGAACCUCCCUACUGAGUAAUGGAAACCAUAGUUUAGGAUAUCCCGUGGCAACACAAUUUGGGAUGAACAAUUCUUCACCAGCCAUAGCUCAAUGUUCGCUGGACUCGAAUGCCAAAGCUGUGUUAGCAAGCGAAGCUGUGGUCUCGGCUGCUAAGUCAAGAAAGUUAUCUGCUGAGCGAUCAGAGGCUAGAAGCAACCUACUUCUUCAGAAACGCCAGUUCUAUCAUUCUCACAGAGUUCAGCCAAUGUCACUUGAGCAAGUAAUGUCUGAUCGAGAUAGCGAAGAUGAAGUGGAUGAUGACGUUGCAGAUCUGGAAGAUCGCCAGCUGCAGAUGCUUGAUGAUUUCGUGGAUGUGAAUAAGAACGAAAAGAGAUUCAUGCAUCUUUGGAACUCUUUUGUAAGAAAACAAAGGGUUGUGGCGGAUGGUCAUAUACCAUGGGCAUGUGAAGCUUUUUCCAAGUUUCACAAGGAAGAGUUGCUUCAUUCCUCACCACUCUUCUGGUGCUGGAGAUUAUUUAUGAUAAAACUAUGGAACAUUGGACUUGUAGACUCGGCCACCAUCAACAACUGCAAUAUCAUCCUCGAGAAUUGUGAUAGUAACUCAGACAACAAGAACAAGAACAUGAGUGCGGACGUUGGCAUCGACAUUAACAGUAACGCCAUGGAUGUUGACGACGAUGUCAAUAACAGCAAAGCCAAGUGAUAGGAAGAUUUUCCUGACUUAAAAGAACCCGGCUGCAACCUUCAUCUGUUUUAUUAGUCUGCAAACUGAUUUCAUUUUUUUUUGUCAUCAACUGACUCCAAUCUAUUAAAUUUAAGUUUAGUAGGAAGAAUGAUAAUUCGGAUAGGUAAUUUUUUUUUUUUUUUGCCAGUUGAGCAUGCUCAUCGCAAACUACAGUUAAAAAAUAGAUUCUGCUAAAUUUUAUCAGUAAUAAUUUAAGACUAAAAUAUGGGAGAUUUUCCCAGAUAAAUAAGAGAUAUAACUAAUUGUUUC